UACCUCUAAACAAAUAUGGCGCUGAAACACUACUAUGAUUUGAUGUCACAGCCUUGCAGGGCUGUCUACAUCUUCCUGAAGUUGAACAAAAUCCCUUUUGAACACAGACCGGUCGCACUAAGAAAAGGAGAACAUAUGGGUGAGGAAUUUAAGAAGAUCAACCCCAUCAGCCGUGUCCCAGUCAUAGAUGAUGAUGGCUUCGUCCUCACAGAAAGUGUGGCCAUUCUGAAGUAUUUAGCUGCUAAAUACAAUGUUCCUGACCACUGGUAUCCGCAGACUGACUUCAAGGCUCAGGCAAGGGUGGACGAGUUCAUUAACUACCAACAUUUAAACACCAGAAUCAACAUGGCUAUGCUGUUUCAAAAUUUAGCAAUUCUACCAAGGUUGAGGAAUAAACCAAUUGACUGGAAAAAGGUGGAAGGUUUCCGAAAAGGUGUUGGAAUUACCGUCAGCCAAAUAGACCAGUAUUUCCUGAAGGACAAUCGACCAUUUCUAGCUGGUGAUGACAUUUCCAUAGCAGACCUCCUGGGGAUAUGUGAGAUAAUGCAGCUUUAUGCCUGUGGUGAAGAGAGGUUUAUUGAAUCCAAUCCCAAUGUGAAUGCUUGGGCUGAACGGGUCAAACCAAAACUGGCUCCAUAUUUUGAAGAAUCCAAUGUUGUGGUGUAUAAAGUGCGAGAACAUUUUAUGAAAACAGCACCAGCACAACCCAAACUGUAGCUUUGUACUGCUCCUACUUUGUCACCAUUAUAACCAGAUGUUAAUAAUGAUAAAAAGAUCGAAAGUGACAUUGUGUGCCAAAUCGAAUGAUAGCGAAGAAUGAAAACUUGUGAAAACUUGUGAAAACUUGUUUUUCAUUGGAUUACAGUAUGGAUUCUGUAAUGGUUGUUAUUUACAAAUUUAAAUGGUCUUGUGAAAAGUUUGAAGCAAAAUGAUGUUUUAAUCAGGAAAAUGUUUUGAGUUUACUUGGAUAUAUAUCAUAUUGUAUUUCAGCAUGCAAUACACGAUGAUUAUCACCUGGGAAACUUUUUCUAAAGAUAUUUUAAACUAUUGAUGAAAACAUGAAUGUUGAUUACAUCCAGACUCAAGAGAUAUGCAGAUUCAAUUGAACUCAUUACCAUGCAAUAAUCAGUGACACUCUACAUACACAAGAUAUAAGGCACAUCAAAACGUAUUAUCAUUCGUUACCAUUUCUUGAGCAAUCAGUGAUAAUUUAUCCGGAAAUAAUAACCGUAAUCACCAAUGCAAUAGCGAUUUUAGCCAGAUGAACUUUGUGCCAGUAUAUAUGUACUAGAUACAAUCAGGUUUAUUAAUUAUGUAAUUGGAAUGUUCAGUAAAUAUGUCAUUAUAUUGUAUUUAUAAUGCCAGAACUGACAGUACCAAAAUAAGAGAUCCAAAGGGAGAUAAAUCCAGAGCAAAAAUCAACUAUGCAAAUUAAUGUCAAUGUUGAAGAAAAAAUAUCACAAUAAAAUGCUAUUUUUUCUUUU